GAGUGGGCAGGACAGACUCGGCGGCCGGAGCCGCACCCCUGGCCGCAGCCCCGGCCCCCGGCCCCGCCGGCCCGGCCGCGCGCCGCCUCGCUGCUCCGCAGUGCAACAGUUUGCAGCCGCCUCCGGAGAGCAGCGAGGGCUCUGUGCUCGCUGCGGGUCGGCCUGGCGCUGCUCCCCGGGAGGAUUCUCCGCACCCUGGGUCCGGGAAGGCCGGAGAGAAGCCCGGUGCCUUGGCAAAGGAAAAAAAGGGCGCUUGGACACGCGUUCCAGGCAGGUCCGGAGAGGCUUUCCGGGCGCCCUCGCUCUCUCUCCUGACGUCUCCCUUGCCCGCAGUGACUCCCUCAGCCCUCUGCUCCUGCGCAUCCACUCCCACCCCAGGGAGCCGUUUCGGUUGGCGUGGGCUCCGUCCUCCCUCGGCCGGCCGGUGGGAACGGUGAGCCCUAGAGAAGAAGUCUGGUAGGCAGGGCCCCUCCCAGCCCAGCGCCCAUGAGUGCCAGGGCGCCCAAGGAGCUGAGGCUGGCGCUGCCGCCUUGUCUCCUCAACCGGACCUUUGCGGCCCCCAACGCCAGUGGCAGCGGCAACGCGAGCGCCCGUGGCGGCCAGGGCGCAGGCGGCGGCGGCACCUGCAUUACGCAGGUGGGACAGCAGCUCUUCCAGUCCUUCUCCUCCACGCUGGUGCUGAUUGUCCUGGUCACCCUCAUCUUCUGCCUCAUCGUGCUGUCCCUCUCCACCUUCCACAUCCACAAGCGGAGGAUGAAGAAGCGGAAGAUGCAGAGGGCUCAGGAGGAGUACGAGCGCGAUCACUGCAGCGGCAACCGCGGGGCCAGGGAACCCCCGGCCAGUGGCCAGGCCCCAACCCAAGUCAAAGAAACCCGGCUGGAGAGGCAGCCUCGGGACUCCGCCUUCUGCGACCCCUCCAAAGCCUCUUCCUCCACUUCCUCCUCCAUCACCUCCUCCUCCUCGUCCCCAGGCCUCCCAAGCCAGGGUCCCUGUGCUCCUCCGCCUCCGCCCCCCGCCCCCAGUCCGCAAGGAGCACAUGCCACCUCCUCCUGUUUGGACACAGCUGGCGGGGCCCUUUUGCAAACGGUGGUACUGUCCUGAUUGUCUAGCCCCCUCUCCUCCUCCUUCCUUGUUUCCAGCAUCUUUGCAGUCCUCGCUUUCCCCCCUCGGUCCUCCCUCUCACUUUUCUCUGACCUCUCUUUCCUGUUUCUUCUUUCCUUAUGUGCCCUCCCCUUCCUGUCUCUCCUCCGCCGAGGCACUGUGCGGUAUUUGUAAAUAUUGGGUAAGGAAAGUCUCGGAAGAAGAAAUAACGCUGAUAAUGACACUUUAUUAUUAAUAUUUAUAGUGAUUAUUAUAAUACCAAUAACACAAUCCAAGCGCAUGACAAAUCACGUAAUUUCUUAUUGUCAAUGAAGGACGCGUCUUCCCUCUCCACCCUGCGCCCCCCACCAUAAGGAGGAGAAACCGCACAAGCUACCAAAUAUAUAACAGGUAUUAACCCUGGAGCAAGGAGUGGAGGGGCCCGGUGUGUUGUACAUAGCUGUCAGGUUAAGGUUCCCUUACCCUCUGCCACCCCAAGUUUUCACUUUCCCGUCAGCUUCCCUCCCUUCCUCAUUCCCCCCCUCAGCCAGGCUCAGGCAAUAGUAUAUGAUGAAGAAAACGUCUACAUUAAGCACCAGGACUACCAGAGGCCGCAGAGACAGUCCCAGAAAGAAACGUUUAUUUAUGACAGGUACUGCUCUCCAGUCAUUCCUCUUCUCACUCCUUAGGUAACCAUUCCCUUUUCCAGGACCAGGCAUUUAAGUUUACUUUUAGAUAUGCCCCUUGCUGACAGAGCAUAUUAAAAAUCUUUAAGUUAAUUUUAAAAAAUCUACUGCUUUUGCUCCCUGCCCCACCUCCACCUGCACACCUUUGACUUGUGGCAUUUUCAGGAUUCACACAGGACUCGGGAGCUGUCCAGCCAGUUCUGGUGCUGAAAUAGUCUCACAGAACUGGUUACUUUUUUUUUUGGUUGCGCAGGCGAAGGAGGGGCUUUUUGGAAAGUGACUGUUCUGGGUUUGUUUUUUUGUUGUUGGUGGUUUCUUUCUCCUUUUUCUACAAUCUAGUUUGUGUGUACUAUCUGUUUUCUUAAUACUUAAUAUUGUAUAAGUUACCUUUUUUGUAAAAAAAAAAAAAAAAAGUAUUAGGUGAUGUUCAGUACUGAAAGUGAAGUAUCUAACCAACCAACCAAAAUGUUUCCGUUUAAUUUUUAGGACAAGUAUACUUUUGUUAUACAUUUGUUACAUCAGUACGAAAUACAGAAGCAAACUAUAGUUCUGUUCUACAUCCUCCAAACUAUAUAUUCUUGUUCUUAAUUUCCAGCUGUCAGUAUAAUGGUUAUCACUGGAUGAGAUAUUCAGUGGUGCAGGUCUGGCUUCUGCUGUUUCCAGAAGUGUUCUUUUGUAUCUUCCUCUGUAGUAGACUGUUAUAUAAAUAUAACACAUAUGUUUUCCUUUCACAAAUAACAGAAACAACCACAAUAGAAAACAAAUAAUGGAUGUGCAGGAAUGCCAUCUAUUAAAACAUGGCUAAUAUUUAAACAGUACCUGUAGUCCUCCCUGCAUGCAAUUACCACCUGGAGGCAGUAGUGUGUAUGCUUGCUUGUACUGUAUGUGUUUGGAGGUGAGACUGGUGGGGAUGUUGGGCAAUUUGGAUGACAGGACAUGCAAAUUUCAAGAGAAGUUAAACCCAGUAACUACUUAUAGGAUAAAAAUAUUUGUAUUGGAGUAGCUUGCUUACUUAGAAAUCUGUGCUUGCAUCUGAAAUGUGGCAAAGGAAGUGUUCUCUUUCUCUUUAUGAGUCUGGCUUACCUAACUUCAGUGAGUAUACAAAGAAAGGUUGGGAAAAAAAGGAAAGUGAGAGAAAAA